GUCUGAGCCGCGGGCCAAGGGCGGCGGCGGCAAGGGCAAGAGCAAAGGAGUUGGCAAGGCAGGCAAGACCAACGCGAGCGGAGCCAACCCCCUGGACUACGUCCGCUGUGCGAACUGCUCGUACAAGUGGAACUUCAAGGCCAGGGUGGAGUGCUACAACUGCAAGAAGCCGCUCAAGCCUGCCGCGGUGGACGAGCCUCCGCAGCUACGGGCAUCGGCGUGGUCAUUCGCGCGCGAGCCGUGGGUGCGGCACUCUGACGACUGGUUCGGGUACGAGGCACCGCCACCGCAGCCCGCCCCGCCGUCGGAUGCAGAGUGCCUCGCGGCGUUGGCGGCCAGGCAUCCCGAGCACGGCCAGCAGCUCGAGGCCAUCAAGAUGGCAGUCGCACCACCGCCCGUUGCGGCCACGGUGUUGCCAGAUGUGGCCCUCAACCGCGCCCAGGCCAAGCAGCGGCGGGCUCAAGCCGCCUUCCUCUCCAAGUCCCAGCAGGUCCACGACGCCGAGCAGUGGCUCCAGGCCUGCCGAGAGGAGGAGGUGCGUGCUGGUGAGCUCGUCCUGGCGUGCAACGUGGAGGUGGAGGAGGCCUACAAGGCAGCAGCGCCCAAGGGCGUCCAGGUGCAGGCGCAGGAGGCGCAGGGGCCUGGCGCCAAGGCUCAGCCUGCCGUGGGCCUCAACGUCACGGCGCUUUUGGCGGAAGACUUCCAGGUCGUGGCAGGCGACGCCUUCAGGCUGGACGACCCCGACCUGGACAUCACCGACACGGAGCGCGAGGAGUUCAACAAGUCCCUGGAAGGCUUCGUCGAUCAAGUCAAGCAGCACGUGCGCACCACCUUCGGUGAGGCCAAGACGCAGCUGGAGCAGAGGCGCGGCGAGAUCGACGCCAAGCACCAGCAGCUGCUGGCCAGGCGCCAGCCGCAGGCCCUGCGGCAGCAGGCCCCGCGGAGGCCCCAGCGGCCGCCGCGGCCCCAGCCCAGGCCCCCACCCCUGGGCAGCCUGAGGCCCCUGCUCGGCCUCCUGUUGCUCACCCUCCAGAGCCACCCAGCCUCCGCGGCCCCGAUGGCGCAGCCAAGUUGGCUCAGCUCAGGCGGGACUUGGAAGCAGCAGCCGCCGUUCCAGCUGGGGACGCAGAGGCGUAAGGCCCAGACCUGGGGACCUGAUGCGCCGCCAGAGGCCAAGCCACGAGAGCCCAGACUCGUCCGCCUGGGCAGGCGUGAGCGGGCCAUCCUGGCCACGCGUAUGCGCCGCAUGGCUCGGCACUGGCGCCCUACCCCGUCGCUGGGGACCACGGCUCAGGACCGCAGGCACUGGGACUCCUACUGCGUGCCGUACAUCUUCCACCAGCUGGGCUCUGGGGAGUACACAGCCAUGCUGGACGACCUGGCAGCCACCACGGGCAGCGGAUCCCGAAUUGCCGAGCGCAUGAGGAUUGCACGGGAGUUGGGUGACGAAGCCUGGAACCGUGGAGGGGAUGCCAGGCACCUCCAGCGGCAGUGGCUGGAGCAUCUGCAAGUGGCUAAUCAGGAUGCUUUCGAGCGUGAGGCGGCUCAGCAGGACCGCACCCAGUCAGCCGCGGAGCGGUGGUUCGACCGCCAGUCCCAGGCGACGUCGGGAACGCAGGCCCCCACCGUCUACUUCGACGACCGCAUCCACUGCUGGAGGUUGUGCGCCGCGAAGGUGCUGGAGGCCGACCUCGGCCCAUCCACCUCGACUGGGACCUCGGAGGAGCCGCGGUGUUGCUCUGCCUCGCCCGUUGAAUGCACCGAGCUCACUCCCACCCCAGCCGCGUGCAACCUCACGGGCGAGCACCGAGGCUCAGCUGUCGCAUCUGGGGAAAGCCACUGCGGCCCUGGGCAGCCUAACAUCAUCGAGAUGGCCCAUGAGACUGUGGCACACCCUACCGAGGGCGGGGACGUCAGUGUCGGCAGUGUUGGCGGCCAGUCCACCUGCAGCGGGACUCCGGCAAAGCCCCAGUGCGACGUCGCCAAGUAUCGACCCUCAGCAGCAGGAGCCCGCAGAGGCAAGCGUCGACAGCGGAGCCACAGGCGCUUCACCUUCCACAGCGUCAAUGCCAGCCUCAGCUGGGGCAACGUUGUGGGCUACCUCCACGGCGCGGCACACCAGCAGCUCACCGAGGGCAAUAUUCCGAUCAUCGGUUUCCAGGAGCACGGCAAGCGGCGUUUAUGGGCCGAAGAGAGCGCACGGGCCCUGCUGCCCUUGGGCUGGAGGGCCCUGCCCACGCCAGCGACGGACGGCCCGAAUGGAGGGGCCUCGGCGGGCGUCUUGCUGGCGAUACCUGCCUGCGUCGGCGUCACUCUUGCAUCUGGACAGCGACGCUGGGACAUAUCCCCCCCAGGUUGUGCAGGCAGGCUCCUGAUGGCCACCCUCGAGGCCAAGGGCAUCGGCAAGUUACUGGUUUUCUGUGCGUAUUGCUUCACUGGUCAGAAGUUGGCGUCUGUGGGCAAUUCAGCUCUCCUGUCAGUUAUCACGGGGUGGGCAGUCCAGCUCCAGCUGCCCUGGAUCGUCAUCGCGGACUGGGAGAAUCGACCUGACGCUUUGGAGCGUUCGCCGUGGAACAACCAGCUCAGAGGCCGCGUCGUAGCGUGGCAAUGGGGAGGGGGCACCAACCGCUCCCCGCACGGUGAGCGCGUGAUCGAUUAUUUCUGGAUGCACUCCAGUUUGGCUGCCAAUAUUUCCCCAGCUCGCAUUGACGACGACGCGGUCUACCACCCUCAUAGAGCCACAUUGGUCGAGUUUCAGCAGCCUUGGUCGGCCUUUACCUACACCAAGCUCCUCCGACCCCACAAGUUCCCGAUCCCAGGAGUCAAGCCGAGGCACUUCGAUCUCUCGUGCCCAGACGUGCCUGCAGGUUUCGACCCCGAUGCGGUGCCUACCCAGGAGCUCCUGGACGACACCUGGGAGGCUUUUUGCCACGCCGCCGAGGAGGAGCUGAUCCAGAAGGUGGGUUUGGACCCCAGCAGUCGGCAAGCCGAUCAAUGCCGAGGGCGUGGGGGACCACCGCGCUUCAGGAAGUGCCCGUUGCUCCCGACCCACACCGAGGCCAUCGCUUCGUACGGGGAGGCCAAGCGUUGGAGGUGGUUUGCCAACGAGUUGGCUUGGCUGGGCAUCAUUGAAGUAAAGCUUUUCAGCUACACGGGCGCUUCCGACCUGGCCCUCACCACGUUGCACCAGCAGCGGCACGCCUCCAUCCGCAAGUUGCGUGACCGCUUCAGGCACCACAUGCUGUUAGAAGGCGUGGCUGAGCUGCAGGAGUUCUUCGAGGUUUUCACGUCUCGGGACCGCGGCUAUGAAGACUUGCAGGAGCUCUCGGCUUGGCGCCUCAGCUGCAGUCAGUAUGCCUCGUACUUGGAGUGGCAGAUCGGCAAGGAACGACGAGAUUCCUUCAAGCAGCGGUUAGAGGACGACUUCCCAGGCUCGCAGGGGCUCCUCCACAGGGUCACCAAGUGGCGCCAGGCUUGGCAGGCUCCCAAGGGGAGCAUCUCCAAGGAGCUGCUCCCAGCGGCGCCUCAGGCCGCCGUGGACCAGGAGUUGCACGACUGGUCGAAGGUCUGGGCCAAGGCGGGGAUCGGCGUGGACGGAUGGCAACCCAAGCUUUGGGCCUACCUCACGGACGGCACGCUCUCGGCGCUCGCGUCAUUGCUGGCCUGGAGCUACGACUACACGGCGGCGGGCCAAUCAUCGGAGCGUGCGCUGUGGAAAGCUUUGUUGGACGACGAGCUCGUGUUGGGCACAGGCAUACGUGCGGCCACGAUGCUGGCGGACCUCGCCAAGUGUUAUGAGAAGGUUCCGCAUGAGCGUAUGUGGUGGCUAGCAGCUUGGUGGGACGGCCCGCUGGAGGUGGUCGCGCUCGCCCUGGAAAGUUUCGCCUUUGGCCGUGUCAUUCGUCUCGGGGAGGCCUGCUCGGCGGAGGUCCUGUCCUCCACAGCGCUCCCAGCGGGCAGCCGUUUCGCGCCCACCUUCCUGAGGUUCUACCUCACGCUGUGCUUAGACGACCUGCUGGGGGUUUUCCGCCUCACGAUCUACUUGUACGUUGAUGACAUCGCCCUGCGGGUCAUGUCCACCGAGGCGCGCGUCUUGCACAUGCUGCCGCAGGCCACGCGCUUGCUGUUUUGGAUGCUGGAGUCCUUCUUGGGCCUGGAGGUAGCCCGAGCGCGGGACGGGGCGAGAGGCAAGUGCUCUUUCUUGCAAACGGCCACUCCGUCUUCAGGCUUGACGCAGGCCAUGGCCGUCCUGGGAGUACCGCCCAGCACCUCCGAGCGGUGGCUCGGCAUCGACUACGGUCCCAGCGUCAAGACAGAGAACCAGUCAGCCCCAGUCAGACACGCGCGGCUCAAGAUAGCCAAGCAGCGUUGGCCUAAGAUCCGCGGCCUUCCUCGUGCACGCGGGGGCAAGCUCGAGAUGGUCGCGCGGCAGGGCCUCGGAGCCUCGGUCGCCUACGGCGCCCGUGUCCGCGGCACGCCCAGGCCCAUCGUGCGUUUCAUCCAGCAGAAGGAUCGGGCCGUCCGCAGGGGCGCCACAGCUUUUACCUCCCGAGUCUUGCGCGACGGCCUCGACCCCAGUUGCGCCGACACCCUCGUUCUAGCACCGCUGCUGGCUUGGGCGAGGGAAGCUUGGGACCACCCAGAGGGGCGGCGUGCGCAGGCCACAGCAUGGGCCCGAGUGCAGCAACAGCUCGCGCUGUACAUGGACGCCGACGCUCAGGAGUUGUGGUCAGUGGUGCGCGGCCCAGCGGGGGCCACCUCAGUCACAGUUCGAGCCCAUGGUUGGAGCAUGCCGUCAGCCUUCGAGAUUGUCUUGCCUCCACGUGGCGGGGUGCUCCAAGGGGGGGACGUCCAUCUUGAUCUACUGCAGAUUUGCCCCAAGUCGGUCGAGGCCGCCGUGCUUUUGGCCGCCCGUUCCAGAGCCCUGUGCCAGUGGGCUGCGGCUCAGCCCGAGCGGGCUGCGCUCCUGCCAGCGCCGUGGCUCACCCCAGCGAGGCAGUUGGUCAAGCGGCGCAAGCAGGACGGGUGGCUGCAACACCAUGCCGACGCGGUCGAGAAGGCGGUGUUGGGCGGUUUCCCUUCGCAGGAGGCCCUUUUCUCUUCGGGCCAGGCGGGCACUCCGUAUUGCCAGCUUUGCGACGACACGACCUGUUUCGGCACCCACCAGCACUAUUACUGGCGGUGCGGCAGCCCGACGUGUGCUACGGUGAGGGAGCAGCUGACGGCCCACGACGCGCCACCUACCUUCAGAGACGUCGGCCACCUGGGCGUGUCGGCCUCCUCGUCGGAAGCCUCAAGAUGGUUGUGGGAGCGGGGUUUGCGGCGAACCCCAUGUUACGGCUUGGCUUGGAGUCUACCGUCGCAGCGCACCCAUUGGAUCGUCAAUGGCGCGGCCCCCGAGCUCACCGAUGUGCUGGUUUCGGACGGAUCAGUCAAAGGCUUGGAUGACCUCAGGCACGGCGGCUGGGCGGCUUUGCAGUGCACAGCGGAGGCCGACGACGUGGUGCAGGGCCUGUACGGCCCACUGCCCUUUCCCGACCCCAGCUCGGUCCUGGCAGAGUUGUGGGGUCUCCUCCACGCCCUCAGGCAUUCGGUCUUCAUCACGGCCAUCAUCAUUGACAAUGCUCAGGUGGUCCAAGGCUUGGCCCGUGGCAGGGCAUGGUGUUGUUCAGCGGCCAGGCCCUAUGCGCACGUCUGGCUCGAGAUCUGGAAUCGCCUGGAUGACAUGGACAUCCUUCCUGGCAGAGAGUUGUCGGUCAUCAAAGUCGCCUCGCACAUAUCGCAGGCCAAACGCCUAGAGCUGCCAGAGGAGGUCCAGAUUCACAUGAGGCACAAUGACUUAGCCGACGAAUGGGCCAAGCAAGGAGCAGACCUCAGCGCGCCGCCAGAGUGGGCCACGUUGCAGGUCAAGCAGGAGCUCAAGGCCACCAAACGCGUGCUCGAGUACAUCGGGCACUUCAGGGUCCUCCUCGACGGGGUCAAGCUGGCGGAGCCUAGGCACCCGCACGUUCUGGAAGUGUGCCGCGGUUACUCCAAGUGCACCAACUGCGGCAAGGCGCCGCCGCUCGGCCUGUGCGACAGCGAGCAGACCAUGGAGAUCAGGGCGCAGUUCGCCAGGGUACGGCCUGACUCGGGUUUGACAGCCAGGCAGCGCCGUCGGCUGCUUCGGCAUCACUUCGAUGUGUUGAACCAGGUCAGGGAGCGUUUCAGGGAUCUUCUUGGAGAUCGUGCCCCGCCUGAGACGGCCUCCUGGCACCAGUGGGUCUUCGAGCCCCUCUCCUCGGAUGACGACCAAGGAGGUGAUGCGGCAGGCCGCGCCGCCGAGGACGCCCAUGGCUACGACGAUACCGACGAGUUCGCGGCCCUCAGCGUGCACAGCGACCUCGAGGUGGUGGAGGCAGACGGCAAGGCCACGCAGGCCACAGGCACCCAGGCGUCAGAGCGCGAGUCGUCGCCCAAUCCCGACCUCGCCCCCAGGGCACUCCAGCCACAGGAGGAGGGAGCUCCAGCGGGAGGGGCGAGGCGGGAGGGUGUUUUGCGGAUCCGCAGUGCGGCAGCCACCUGUUCCCAGGACGUGGACGACGGUGCUACGGCUGGCGCUGGGGCAGCUCCUGUUCCCACGGUGCCGCCUGCUGCUCAACCCGCUGGCGAGCCUGGAGCUGAUCAGGGCGAGUUGGCCAGCUCCCUGGACGUGGACGGCAAGGCUGCCACCCAGGCAGCGGCCGCUGUGUGCUCCGCCCCCUUGGCGGCACACCAAGCUCGCGCUGGCCAGGGCAGCCUGAAACACGGUGGCAAGGCCCCAAGGACUGGUUCCUCAGCAUCCUCGGCGGCGGCGGCGGGCUCUGGCCAGGGCGGCCUGGCGCCGCUGGCGGGGCCCCCGCCGCCCUCGGCUGGGGCUGCGGCGGCCUCGGAGCCAGAGCGGGGUGCGCGCGGGCGGGCGGCCUCUGCCCGGCCCGCCAGGAGUGGCCAGGCGCUGCCUGAGACGGCCAGAGCCGCUUCAUCGGGGCCUCGGCCACAUACGGUCGAGAUCAUUGGCAACUUCGUGGUCUGCGUCGUGUGCGGUUCCUACUACAGCUCGGUGGCCAGGAACCUCGGCGGGCCGUGCAGGCGGCUGGACCCGCGCGACCCAGGCGACAAGGAGCGCCUCAG